AUGCAGGCCGUGAUGCGUUUUGAUACCAGCCUAGGUGCAGAUUAUAGAUUGCUCAGAUUUGAAUGCUUUGUGUUGAUCAUUGAGUCACUAAAGUUGAGUCCUCAUUUUUGUCCAUUCUCUGCCAUUCUCUGGUUUCAGGAAAGAAACGACCAGCUUGCAGCCCAGUUGGCUAAUUCUGUUCCAAUUUCUGAGCAGGAGACACUUCGGCAGACGUUGAAGAGUGACUUUAUUUCUCGAGAUGAGCACGUGCAACAAUUGGAGGCCUUUCAACGCGAGUUGGAUGAGGCUCAUCUUGUUGCAAAACAGCUGCAUAGGGCUGCCGAUCAAGCCAAUGAACACUUGUGCCAGGAAAAAGAAAGAGUCGACCAGCUUGCAGCCCAGUUGGCGAAUUCUGUUCCAAUUUCUGAGCUGGAGGCACUUCGGCAGACGUUGAAGAGCGACUUUGUUUCCCGAGAUGAGCAUGAGCAACAAUUGGAAGGUUUUCAGCGCGAGUUGGAUGAGGCUCAUCUUGUUGCAAAACAGCUGCAUCAGGCUGUCGAUCAAGCCAAUGAAUACUUGCGCCAGGAGAAAGUAGGCUCGUUUAAAUGCGACGUUUAUGUUGUAUUAUUAAAAAUUCUUUCUUUUGAUUUUAAUUGGGAACUCAAGGCACGUACUGAAAGACUCGACCAGCUUGCAUCCGAGUUAAAGAAUUCUGUUCCAAUUUCUGUGGUGGAGACACUUCGGCAGACGUUGAUGAGCGACUUUGUUUCCCGAGAUGAGCACGUGCGAGAAUUGGAGUAUUUUCAGCGCGGCUUGGAUGACGCUGCCGAUCAAGCCAAUGAAGACUUGCGCCAGGAAAAAGGCACGUAG